UUUAGGUUGAAAUUUUCAGAUCUAUACAAGAAUCAUAUAAUAGAUUAGAGGUUUCGAGUCUUCGCAUUAUAGGAUAUAAAUAACAAUAUUGUAAUACAUGCUAUUUUUCAACUCUAUUAGUCAGUAACCACGUCAGUCGGCCACCGGCCAGCAGUCAGUAGCUUGAAUCUGUUCAGAGAUGAUACAAGUUUUCCCUAAUUAUUUUAAUAUAAAAAAUGGAGAUCCCAUAUAAGAAAAUAUUUAUUUAUGUUUUGACCUUUGCGGCUUAUGCUUACACUGGUAUUGGUUCGAGUAUGUUACGAAACUUAAAGGACGCAGUUUUGUCAGCUGAGUCUGUAUUUGGGGAUGUAUUUAAGAACGUUAUAACUGUUGCUGAAAAGUUUAAGUCGUUACAUGAAGUCUUCGACGCUGCCGUUGAAGAGGACUGCAUUUUUUUUUGCCCCGAAGGACAAAAGCCUGUUCGAAAUAAAAACCAUAUUCCGAAGUCUGAUGGCUGUGGUUCGCUCGGGUUCGAGAUAUCAUCGGAUUAUUUACCAUUGGAACAGAUGACGAAAUGUUGUGAUGCACACGAUAUAUGUUAUGACACUUGUAAUAGUGGAAAAGAAGUUUGUGAUUUAGAGUUUAAGAAGUGCCUGUAUAAUUACUGUGAUACAUAUAAAAAUGUUAAUGUCGCGGGGAAUGCGAUUACAAAAGGUUGUAAAGGUGCAGCCAAACUUUUGUUUACGGGAACCUUAACACUUGGCUGCAAAUCAUAUUUAGAUGCACAAACAAAUGCAUGUUACUGUCCAUCUGUAAAAAAUAAGUAUAAAAAAUAUGCCACUGGUAAAGAUGAAUUUUAACUGCAAGGGCAUCAGUACAUCAGUACCUUCUCAUCAUCCUAUUAUUUUAUUCAACUUCAAAAGAAGCAGUCUUGUUUUGUAGUUUGCUUUAUUUAAGAUAUUUAUUAUGAAUACGAUAAAAAGGAUAUUUUGUGUAAUUGUUUUUAUCAUUGUCUUGAUAAAAUGUAGCAAUUCUAUCAAAUGUUAAUUAUAUUUUUGUAUAUCUAAAAGAAUGUCAAAAAUAAAAAUAAAAUAAUAUAUAUUAUGUUUUAUUUUAGCAAUAAUAUUACUUUUUAAAUGUUGCCUACCUCUGUAAUGUAAAAUAAUUUAUUUGCUAGAUAUAGAAUAUAGGCCUUUAAAAGUGUGAAAUGCUACAUGCAUGUAUAAUCCAUUUCAUUCAAAACUUUAACAAACACGAAAAUAAAAAGAAUCUUUAAGUGAAAAAAAAUAAUAUUUUGAUAUUUAAUUCCAUACGUUUAAAAAAUCUUUAUAAACAAUAAAAUGUAAAAUAUAAUAUUUUACAAAAUUUCUUUAAGUUCUAUAAAAUUGUAAUGAAAUGGAAUAUACAAUUUAAUAUCAAUACAUUUCGAUAUCUUAUGAGCAUUUUGUUAUUUUACAUGACUUCAAUAACUAUAUGUUAGUAAUAAAAAAAAUACUUCUAAUGGACGCAGUCACAAUGCUAAUGCUAUUUUUCCACAUUGAGCAUACAAAAAUAAUUGCAAUAUAAAUAAA